CUCCUUUUGACUUCCCUUUGACUUCCCUUUGACUUCCCUUUGACUUCCCUUUUCCAUUUGAAUUCCUUUGACUUCCCUUUGACUUGCCGUCGACUUUACUUCGACUUUCACCCAAUAUUGCCAUACGCCCAUCGCCAAAGCCCCCAAUUCCCUGCCCACUUCCGACGGCCAAACUAUAGCCCUAUUACUAUGGGACUCACACCACAUGAAUUCUGUGAGAACCUAGCUCGACAGCGAACUAGUUUUAGCCACGACGAACAAAUUAAAUAUAUGGAAUUUAUCUCUCAGACAUAUUACUUUACCUACAAUGCAUCCCCGACAAAACAACAGAGAAUCGUUAGACGCCGUCUUCAAGAAAUCCGGCAAUUAAGUGACUAUAUCUGGAUUCUAGUGGCUAUCACUUUCACUUUUACCAGUCUUGCACAUCUUUGUGAAUUUGAUAAAUGCUUAAAGAUGAUCGAGUCUUGGCUGAACAAGUAUCCUAUUACUCAAGAUCAGUACGAAAGUGCCCGUGCUAGACUACAAGCUCUGGACAACAAGAGGGAGGAAGUGAUUAAUGAUGGACAAAAGUUGGGGAAGAAAGUUCCCCGGAGGAAUGUGCCAAAAAGGAAUUCAUUUCCGAUACCAAUAAAAAGCAUCGAUAUAUCAAGUCCUAUUUACAGUCCACAGCAAGCCCCAAUAUCAACAGAUAUCAACCCGGGAGAUAGCGAAAGCGCGAAAGGCAUCCAAGAUUUUCUCUCAUCUAUAGAGCGUGAGAGCUUAGAUCCAGGAGAUAGAGUGAUUUACAUUUCAUCCGAAGACCAGCUACACGAUAAGCUGGAAGACCUAUUCUUGCAACCACUGUUUUGGCGAUCAUAUACCAACCAGCACCCUAUCCCUGGUGAUAUGCCCACUUCUAUAACCGACUUUAUCGCGUCUCUUACUAAGAUCAACGUCCAACAACUAGAGGCCAUCGACUACGCUAAAGAUGCGGCCACGCCCAAAGAAGUACCAAUCGCUGAAGUGGCUAAAUAUUUCCAGUCACCGCCAAUGAAUCGCUCGGCGUUGAACUUUCUUGAUAUGGAGAAUUUAUAUCUUCCUUGUGUUCCGGCACCUGUACGCCAAACAGAUCUGCUUCGAACGGCAUAUCUACGCAAGCGUGGAUCAGUGUCCAAGUCUCUGAGAAGUUAUGAUACAGUUCCUCCGGAUCGAGAGUUUCUUCUCUUAUCCGGCCGUAACUCCGUUUCACUAAUUCAUGUUGAUACUGCCGGGCAUUUAACCUGGAUUAUCGGAAUUUCCGGCCGCAAGAUCUGGUACGUGCCUAGUGAUCUUACCUCGGCGGCCAACAGACUCGCAACAGGUGGGAGUCAAUUUCCAGAACAUUAUGAGGACGGAUGGAGACGUAUAAUCAUUGAACCUGGUGAUCUAUUGUUUAUGCCACCAGGUUGCCCACAUGCUGUGUUUACCCCCGAGGAUUCAUUUGCCGUUGGAGGUCACUUCUAUACACGUUCACAUCUUAGCACAACAAUUUCUACUACCGCUCUUCAAGCCCGCUAUGGGAGCACUUUCUGCAAUGAGAGCUUAUUCUUGCAGGAUUACCUGAAUAUUACACUGAUUCUCGAACAGUGUAAGGACUUAUUCUCCAGUGCAGACAUGGCACGGUUGGUAGCAAGCAAAGUGUAUUGGGAGUGCGCCAAUCAACUCAAUGCUCAUGCAGAAUCAAUGUCCAGGUAUGAUGCUGAGCAUUCCACGGCGAGGCCCGGAGGUGAAUCUCUUGCCAAGGGUAGCAAGGGUGGCAGUAAAAAAAGAGGUAAAACUGCUACCAAGAAUGCUCCGACCAACAGGGAAGAUACUACUAGGAGAGACGUACACAUCGCAUGGCUUCGGAUCCUAGAUUUCAUGCAGCGGGCAAGUACAGAGCUUCAGAUACAUUUAAUCCAGGGAGAUACUUGAUAACAAGAUUUAAGUACCACUUGUCACUUUCAUAGCAACAAUGCAGG